AUGAAUUCCUCCAUCAGCACACCGGCGGUGCCCACUUCGACCGGAACACCCUCACCAACCCCCAUCUCGCCUGAAACCAACCCAACGCCGGCACCCACCGCCACUGCUCCCAGUCAAGCAGACAACGUCACCCCUGAGGCUCCUCACCACCUAUCCCCCCCAAGCAUCACCAAGCCAACCGUCAGCCCGGUGACGGCUACCCCAGUCUCCAGCGCUGCCACUUCAGACACGCCUAUCGUCGAAGCCCCAGCGACGCCCAGUCCAGACGUUACCGCAUACCUCCUCAAGACCGUAGCCCACGGCAACAACAACGUCAAGAGCUCCAAAAAGUCUGGAUCGACCUCGUUCAAGAUGGGCCACAGAACACGCAAGGUCAUCCUCUGGGUAUCGUCCUUCUUCUGUCCUCCGCUGGCGGUGUAUUUGAGGAGAGGAAGUCGACACGACCUUGGCCUCAAUAUUUUGUUGACCAUUCUUGGUUGGAUCCCUGGGGUGCUGCACGCCAUGUAUCACAUUUCAAAGUAG